UCGACGCGCGGUGUCUCCGCAGAGUGUCAGCCCGGGUCCAGCACAGAGGGCUUGGCUGCCCCUUCGGCAUCUCCCUCGGCCCCCCAACCGCGUCCCCCGAUCAGGGAGGCCAUCGGGAGUCCGACGUUCUCGGGGCGGGGGCCCGCGGGAACCCCCGGGACCCCCUUAACGGGAUCCCCGGCUCGCACGUUCCCCAUAUCCAACCUCAACCCGUACCAGAACAGGUGGACAAUCCGUGCCCGCAUCACCUCCAAGUCGGACAUUCGCCGAUGGAGCAACUCCCGCGGGGAGGGUCGAUUUUUCAGCAUCGACCUCCAGGAUGAGAGCGGGGAGAUCCGGGCCAUCGCUUUCAACGAGGAGUGUGACAAAUACUACGAACAGCUCCAGGUCAACCAGGUGUACUACCUGAGCAGGGGAGUGCUCAAGGCCGCCAACAAGCAGUUCAGCACGGUGCGCCACGAUUACGAGGUGUCCAUCGCGACGCACACGGUGAUCAGGGCGUGUGACGAGGCUGUGGAGAUCCCCGUCACCAUCCCCACCUACACCUCCAUCGCCGAGCUGCCCAGCCUCGCCAAGAACGCGCUCGUGGACGUGAUCGGCGUGUGCCAGAGCCUUGACGAGGUCUCCAUGGUGCAGCUGCGCAACUCGAGUCGCGAGUUGGCUCGGCGCAACAUACGCCUGGUGGACGCGUCGGGAAAGGUGGUGACGGUCACCCUGUGGGGCCAGGAGGCACUGAAGUUUGUUGGAGACAGGCAGCCCGUGGUGGCGAUCCGAGGGGCGCGCGUGUCGGAUUUCGGGGGCUGUUCGCUCUCCGUGCUCACGUCCAGCAGCAUUCAGCUCAACCCGGACAUGCCGCCCGCGUUCCAGCUGCGCUCCUGGUACGAUCGCGUGGGCGCGCACACGCAGGGCGAGUCCAUCUCUGACAGGAGGAGCUCCAUGUCCGGGUGGAGCAGUGCCACACCAAUCUGGAAGACCUUCGCUGAGAGCAAGGACGAGAACCUGGGACAAGGCGAGCAGCCGGACUACUUCACGGUGAAGGGCACCGUGAUCUUCCUGAAGAAGGAGAACUACCUGUACCAGGCGUGUCCCUCCGCUGAUUGCAGCAAAAAGGUGGUGACGAUGAGCAGCGGGAAGUUCCGGUGCGAGCGCUGCGACCGGGAAACCACGAACUUCAAAUUCCGCCUCUUCCUGCAGGCCAACCUGGCAGACUUCUCGGACAACCAGUGGGUCACGUGCUUCCACGAGACGUCCGAGGUGCUGCUGGGAGACACGGCCGAGCGGCUGGGCGCUCUCAAGGCGCAAGGGGAUGACGAAGCCAUCGACCGCAUCUUUCACGAGGCCACGUUCCGCUCGUACAUGUUCCGCCUGCGAGUCAAGGCCGAGCACUACAACGAUGAGAUGCGCCUCAAGGCAGUGAUGAUGGACACGCGACCUCUCGACCACCGCACCUUUGCCUCCAAACUCAUCGCCGACAUCCGUCGCAUGACGCAGACCACGGCGUGACGAUGGGUGGCAAUGCGGGACCUUCACCACCCAGGCAACAGCUGGUCUGGCCCGGCCACUGUUGGUAGAGAUCACUCCGGAUUGGCAUGUUUUUUUUCAUUUUCAGGGAUAACAUUUAUCCAAAUAAAUUCCAGAAACUAAAUUGUAUAUUAUGGUUCUUUUGUGCAGUGAUUGGUGAUUGGGUUAAGACCAUCAACUCAUCACACUUGAGAACCCGUUAAGUCACCGGUAUCUGACUCUGGCUACCUGGACUUAGUGACCGAUUUGAAUAUAUUAAAUGAUGAAUCGUAUUAAACCCCAAUUCCAAUCAGCUGGUGGCGAUUUAAUUUUGGCGAGUGUGGGGUGCCCGGGUGGCUCAGAGGUCAGAGCGCUGAGCUGGCACUGUUGAGAUCACGCGUUCGAAAUGUGAGCGGCCGCGUGACACGAAGUUGGGAAAUAUUAGGGUUUCAGUGUGCAUCGUUUUGUGUUGAUUUAAAGGCAAAGUGUCACACGCCACCUACUGAAGGUGUGGUGGUGCACACCUGUGGUCCCCAGCGCUUUGGAGGACGGGGUUGGUGGAUCACAAAGAGACUGCCAAACUCGCUAGGCUCCGACGUGCCGAGAGGUGUCAGUACAGCAAGUAGGCUUGUGAAGCCAUUCGCGUGGACAUUUUUGAGCAUUCUCCCCUCCUGUGUGCAGUGGGUUUUCUCCCAAUUACUCUGCUUUCUUGCCACACGAAGCAAACACCACUCAUUAAUACGGGAUUGGCAACACAUCCCAUUAGAUGGCCCUAAUGAACAAUCAGUGAGACUGGCCUUUCCAGGACAAAUACAGUAAACAUCAUUGGCAUAUUUAAGGCUGGAGUGCUUUGUUGAUUUGAGUUAUUGCAGUUUGGUGCUUUGAAUAAAAAAAUAUU